AUGCAGGUGAUCCAGCACCCCGAAGAGACACUUCACACAGCCCUGGUGUCCAGCCGCUGUGACCUGACUGAUCGCUACCAUAAGUACAGCCGAGAAGAGCUGCGGCUCCUGGAGGAGUGUCUCUACCUGGGGGAUGGGUCCUUGUUCCGGCCCAUCACUGUGCACUCUGACUGGAUCCACUCGCACCCAGAGGAGCCGCAGGACUUCCAGAGUUUCUAUAGCAACCCCUACCGCAGCAAGCCCAUCAAGGGUCACAGUACUAUCUACCUACAGAUCAUCGGCUCCUUUAGGGAGGCAGAGGCUGAGACAGGCCAGUACGUGAGGUGGUUGAGGGACUACUGCCAGGCCUUCUAUUAUCGGCUGGUGGUUAAGCUGUUGCCUCCGGUGACCGUUGCUGCCACAGGCUGUGCCUUCAGGGUCAACAGCAGUUCACACAACCUACAGAUCCACGCAGGGGAUUUGCUGCGGUUUCUUCAGAAGAGGAAACCGUAAGAUGCCUUUGGCAUCAUGGGCAUCACCAUGAUAGACCUCUACCCCAAAGAUUCCUGGAACUUUGUGUUUGGACAGGCCUCCCUCACUGAAGGAAUGGGAGUGUUCAGCUUUGCCAGGUACGAUGACAACUUCUACAGCAGGAGUUAGUGUAUCAGGCCUUGUCAGAGAGACUACUCUGUGUUUGAGGGCUACUACAGCACUCCUAUCACGAGCACCUUACUGCUAAGGUCCUGCAAGACGGUCACCCAUGAGAUAGGGCACAUAUUCGGGGUGAAGCACUGCCAGUGGAUGCAGUGUGUCAUGCAGGGCUCCAACCACCUGGAGCACUCAGACCCCCGGCCCCUGGACCUUUGACCGAGAAGGGGGGGACAGCUAGCCCUGGACAGCCCACUGUCUCCUAGUCUGACUCCGAGCCCUACUGUCCCAAAACCCACUCUGGCCUUCCAGACCUUCAGACAGUGGCUCAGGUGUCUGGAGAUUCUGGAUUAAGUGAAAUUCUAGAAUCUCCAGAUUUACCUGUAAAUUCUCGAAUGGUCACACUCAGGAAAUUGAU